CUUUACUCUUAAGUCUGAGGCGGAUGAAUAAAACAGUCUUCUUCCUUUUGAAUCUCACAGAUCUAUCACCAUUUUUGCUUCUUCACUCCUCCAUUGACUAGGGUAUUUUUAUGGGUGGUUAGUGAAAUUGUUUUGAGGAUAUAAGCUUUUAAUUUUGUUUUAAAAUGGAAGCUGAGGAUGUGCUUGACCUUGAAUCUGGGAAUGGGUCUCCUGAGGCUAAUUCUUUAGUUGGUAAUGAUGAGAACAUGAAAGGAAAUUUAGAUGUGGAGAAGGAUUUGGAUUUAACGGAAGAGAAUUUGAGAACUGUCGGUGGCGGGGAGUCUGGGGAAAUAUUAACAGAGCAGGUUAGUGAUGUGUUCAAUGCUAGUGUGGCGGUAGAUGAGAAAGUGGGUAUCCAAAAGGAGACACUAGUUCACCGCACCACUUUGGAUGUUAGUUCUAAAGCGGGUGUGAAAAGACCCCGGACAUCGUUUGACGAACAGCAAUCUACAGUCCAUGUUACUUAUAAGGACUUAACAAGAGCUAGUAAACAGAAGCUGGAAAGUUUAUUACGGCAAUGGUCAGAAUGGGAGGCUGAAAAUACGUCCUUGGUUCAGGAUCAAGUACAGCCAUUAGAAUCUGGUGAAGAGACAUAUUUCCCUGCCUUACGUGUUGGAUUGCAGAAGACUUCGUCUGUGUCAUUCUGGAUCGACAACCAAACUGGUCCAAAGCCGCUGGAAGAGUUUGUUCUAGUGGAAAGUAGCACCACUCCUCUUUAUGACCGUAAAUUUGCAAUUGGUUUAAAUUCAGCAGAUGGCUCAAGAAACUUGGAAGGGGGAUUGGAGAAUAUUGAUGAUGAUCCUCCACGUUGCUUCAAUUGUGGUGCCUAUAGUCAUUCCUUAAGAGAAUGUCCAAGGCCUUUUGAUCGAUCAGCGGUUAAUAGUGCUCGGAAGCUUCAGAAAUCUAAACGAAAUCAGAGUACUAGUGGGCCCCGUCUACCAUCGAGAUAUUAUCAAAAACCUCAAAGUGGAAAGUAUGAUGGUUUAAAACCCGGCACACUUGAUGCAGAGACACGUCAGCUUCUGAAUCUUGGGGAACUAGAUCCUCCUCCUUGGCUUAACAGAAUGCGAGAGAUUGGGUACCCUCCAGGAUACUUAGCUCCAGAAGAUGACCAUUUGUCUGGAAUAACUAUAUUUGGAGAAGAGGUGGAGACUCGGGAGGAAUUAGAGAGUGAGGAUGGGGAAAUCUUGGAAAAAGCAAACUCUCCAGAGCCACAAAUGAAAAAGACAGUUGAGUUUCCGGGAAUUAACGCUCCCUUCCCAGAAAACGCAGAUGAGUGGCUUUGGGAAGCUGCACCUUCACAUAGGAACAGCAGCAGAAGCGGCCGAUGGCAACAACAAAGAGCAAGCAGAGGACUUGAUUACAGAGACGAUGGUCAGCUUGGUGUUGAAUCAUCCAGUUAUCCUCCAAGGUAUGGCAGUAGAUAUGAUUACGGGUAUGGUUCAAACGAUUAUAGUUCUAGAUCAAGAAGUCCGGGCAUAGAUAGAUCUGUAUCCGAAAGAAGUAAGAGGGAUUAUUCUUCUUACGAUGCUGAUUUCCGAGAGAGAGAUAGAGAUAGAGACAGGAACAGAGAUAGGGACAGAGAAAGAGACUGGGAUAGGGACAGGGACGAUCGUGAUUGGUCUUAUAGAUUAAGCAACAGAAGAUAAAUUGUGAGAUUGUUAGCUAUGUAUGUGUGUAUGUGGAGGUUAGGGUUUCAUUUUCUACUCUCUCUUUCCCUCUCUCUAUGUUGGUUUUGUUGUUGUAUCAUGUCCAUGAAAGUGGAAGCUUUUUUCUAGUUAUCAGACUUUGGCUUUUGAAGCUUAAGGUUUUACUAUUUUGGGUAUGUCUUCACCUCUUAAAAUGGAAAGUUAGUUACUCAUGUUUCUUAA